UACAUGAAAAACUAUUCGCCAAAGAUCACUUCUGUUACAGUUUCAGCAUGUUGAUCAAGCUGAUUUUCUUGAUGUUGAUCGUCUUAUGGGACAGUGCUGUACAGGACGCGCUAGCAGAAUCCGGCGACGAAGAAGAAGGAAGUGCAGAUGCGUCCAAGAGAGACCUGCCUUCCUUUGGGAAGUUGAUUGCUCGCGCUACCCGUAGGAAUCCUUUUGAUUACAAUGGUUAUGGCUGCUACUGUGGAUUUGGUGGGAAAGGCAGACCUGUCGAUAAACUGGACCGAUGCUGCAAAGUUCAUGACGAGUGCUACAAUAAACUCCAAAAGUCCAAACUGUGCCCGUUCAAGUCUGCAGUGUAUGUUUUGAAAUAUUCAACUAGGAAAGGGAAGUGCAGACCAGCUUCAUACUACUGGUGGCGGGGCAAAUGUCGCCAUCGUCUGUGCAAGUGUGAUGCCGACGCCGCCCAAUGUUUCGCGGAGAGUCCUUACCAUCGCAAAUAUAAAAAUUACCCGCGAAAGAAAUGCAGGGGAGGUCGGAGAGGUCGGUAAAUCUGCACGAAGGCAGAAAGGAAAUCGAGAAAAAAAAUAAGAAAAGAACGCAACAGAGGACCUAGAAAAUCAAUUAGUGAACUGCAGCCUUUGUGGUUGUUGCUUUGCACACGAAUUCCACAUUUUUAUGUGAGCCAAGUUUAAUUAAAGAUCAACGUUGUGCAAAUGUGA